GUGCCAAGAUGUCGGCGGCGGCACUGCCCGAGCUGAAACAGAUCAGCCGGGUGGAGGCGAUGCGCCUGGGACCCGGCUGGAGCCACUCUUGCCACGCCAUGCUGUACGCCGCCAACCCCGGGCAGCUAUUCGGCCGCAUCCCCAUGCGCUUCUCCGUGCUGGUGCUGGGGCUCGUGAGGGUCCCACUCUACACCCAGAAGGACCGAAUGGGGGGCUUCCCCAACUUCCUCAGCAAUGCCUUUGUCAGCACCGCCAAGUGUCAGCUCCUCUUCGCCCUCAAGGUGCUCAACAUGAUGCCCGAGGAGAAACUGGCAGAGGCCUUGGCCGCCGCCACUGAGAAGCAGAAGAAAGCCCUGGAGAAGCUGCAGCCAGCGUCCUCCUGAGGGCCCUGCCAGGCUGUGUUCCAACCCCUCCCCCUAGGCCCCUGGGACUGUCUCCUCGUGUGUGUGUCUGUGUGUCCCUGCCUGGGGCCAGUGGGCAGCAGUGGACCAGCUGGAACUCAGGUUUGCAGGGUGGGGUCCAGGCUCUUGCCCACCCUGCCGUGCUUGGUGGGUCUGUCCUAGGCAGGUAGAGGUCUCGGGCAUUAUAAUCCCCAGGUAUCGCUGCCACACUUGGCCCUUCUGUGGACAAUUUGUUCCUGUGGAGGACACCCUUGUCCAGGUAGACCCUCUCCCACACACCCCCGAGUCAGCCCCAGAAAGCUGCUGUACUGUUUGUUUGCGGGGAGGCUGGGCUUGGGUCCUGAGGGCAGUCAGGCUGCUGUGUGGCUUAUUGACAACACAAUAAAGUAGCUCCCACUGCUCUCUGCUGA